CAGGCGUGGUGGCUCCCACGACCUCCGCAGAGCGAUCCGUACCCCGCACCCAGCGAGCGGAGUUCUGUGCUGCGUCCGCAGUAGCGCCCGCAGCCAUGCCGGACUCGUGGGACAAGGACGUGUAUCCCGAGCCCCCGCGCCGCACGCCGGCGCCCUCGCCGCAGACCUCGCUACCCAACCCCAUCACCUACUUGACGAAGGCCUUCGACCUCCUGGUGGACCGGCCCGUGACCCUCGUGAGAGAAUUUAUAGAGCAGCAGCAUGCCAAGAACAGGUAUUAUUAUUACCACCGGCAAUACCGCCGAGUGCCAGACAUCACGGAGUGCAAGGAGAAGGACAUCCUGUGCAUCUUUGAGGCUGAAAUGCAAUGGAGAAGGGACUACAAAGUCGAUCAAGAAAUUGUCAGUAUCAUCCAGGAGAGGCUUAAGGCCUGCCAGCAGAGGGAAGGAGAGAGCUACAAGCAGAACUGUGCCACUGAACUGGAACAGUUUGCCCAGGUCGCCAAGGCCUACCAGGACCGCUAUCAUGACCUGGGCGCUCACUAUUCUGCCAGAAAAUGCCUGGCCAAACAGAAGCAGAGAAUGUUGGCAGAGAGAAAAGCUGCUAAGGAGGCUGCCGCCGCCUGAGGCCUCAAGGCUGACUUGCUGCAUUGCUAAAAUAAAGUGAUUUAACUCUA